AUGAGUGAUAUUCCCAAAAGGACUGGCUCCAUUGACAUUAAUGGCAAUACAAUGAUGCUUCUGGUAGACAGAUCUGGUGUGCAUCAUUUGCCCGUUAAAUGGUGUAGCUGUCCCAAUGCUGCUUGCUUGGACGUUCAGCUCUUGUCCAAUGGGUUGUACCCAGCAAGUCAGAAGAAGCCUCAAACAGCAUUUACCUUUGCUUUGCUUGAUAACUUCUUAAUCAAUAACAAGGAAUGUAAAACUUCUGCAAUGACUUUCUAUUCCAAGAUACGGUGGGCGACAAAUAGUGCAUUCCCGCACAAGGUCCCAAAGCAGGACCCCCUCAGGCAGUAUCACUUGAGGACUUUUGUCAUGGAUGAAAACUUUAACACAGAGCACAUGAAUUCAAAGAACCCCCAUGAUGAUGUUCCAUUGGCCAAUGGCACAGCAUUCUUGAUAGCAAGCCAACUGUACAUGGAGCACCUCAAAAUUGCCAAAGAAAAUAAAGUGGGGUCUACUUGUAAUGGCCACAGAGCUGUAAACCUGGAAAACAAGGACUGGCAGCACCUUGAUGCUACCGGGAUUGGUGCUACUGCCUGUGCCCGGCAUGGAGUAUUUUGCUUGGGUACCGUAGCAGAUUUUCAGAAAGGUGAAUGCCAAAUGAACAUGGAAUAUUCCCUGUGUCAGGCCUUGUCAUUAUUGGCCGGUAUUAACUCAGUCAUAGUCCUCCACGAUAUAAUGUGCCAAUAUGGUCCCCAGUGGUGUAUCCAUGUACAAGGGCAUUUGGAUUAUUCCAUGUGCAUGAACAUCAAGACAUCUGCUUCCCAAGAUAUGCCCUUAACUUCAUCCCUGGGGCCGGGCAGGUUGAUGGUGAUAUUAGAAAAGCUUUGGGCUCCCCUCAAUGAAGUCUCUCAAAGCACCUGGGCUAUGAUCUCUUUGGCAAAAUUACGCAGCAAAGCAGAAAUCCAGCUGCAUUUAUUGCAACAGGAAACAAAAAAUGGAGUGGUUCAAGGAACCGCUGCUUGGUUAUUGGUGGGUCUGAAGUUGGAAGAGACUCAUAUACAGCUGCAAAUGUAUGCAAGACAAAUCAACAAAAAGGGGAAAACAGCAGAAAAACUGGAGUUAGAGGAAAGGCGUCAACACCUGCUCUCCCGCGUAGAUGCUUUCAACCUUAAGGUUGAAAGGAAAAGGCACUUGCAAAAUCAAAGGCCUACACCAUCUAAUAUGUAUCCUACUGGGUCAAAAGUCAUUUCUGUUCAUGACAAAGCUUACCGGGUUCACUGGCUAAGCGCAAAAGCCAUGUACAAUAGGUGGAUAGAAGAAGAUAUUCUGGUGCACCUCAAGAUAAAGUGGACAGUUCAGUAUUUUCAACAUCAAGCUAAGCAUUGA